AUGGCUUUCCCACUCAUGUCUGUGUAUACUGCUUCUAAGCCAACUAUUUUCUUCCCAACUGCACUCAUUUCUUUUCUUCUCCUUUACAAUGGAAUCUUCGCAUCUGCACAGAUCGAAACCACCAGCAUUGGAGCAAUCAUCGACCAUAAUACUCGUAUCGGAAAAGAAGUGCACGCAGCCAUAAAAGUGGCUGCUCAAAACUUCAACAGCUCCUCUGUGUACCACAGAGUAUCUCUUCAUUUUCGCAACCCCGGUGGAAAUCCCCUCCAAGCCGCUUAUGCAGCUGAAGAACUUAUUAAGGAGAAUAAUGUGCAAGCCAUUAUAGGCAUGGAGACAUGGGAGGAAGCAGCAUUAGUCGCUGACGUUGGAAACCGAGCUCAGGUACCCAUUGUCUCCUUUGCAUCAGUCAUCGUCCCACAGCCACUAACGCCGCCCCGGUGGCCUUUCUUGGUACAAAUGGCUACCAAUGUUGCUGAACAAAUUAGAUGCAUAACAGAAAUUGUUUGCUCAUUCAACUGGCGAAAAGUCAUAACAAUCUAUGAGGCUGACUACUAUGGAACCGAUUCGGGAAUGUUUGCUGCAUUAUCUGAUUCACUCCAUGAUUAUGGAGUAGAAAUUGAAUAUCGUCUGGUUCUUCCACCAUUUUCCUCUCUAUCUGAUCCAAAAAGCUUUGUUAGUGAAAAUGUAGCUGAGCUAUUAAGUAAACAAUCCAGGGUUUUUGUUGUUCUUCAAAUAUCUUCAUCAAUGGCUGCUCAUUUGUUUAGACAAGCAAAGCAGAUGAGGCUUAUUGGGAGAGAUUCAGCAUGGAUAAUUACAGACCCGUUUGCGAGCCUCUUGGAUUCUGUUAAUACUUCUGUUAUAUCCUCCAUGGAAGGUGCUUUAGGAAUCAAGACAUAUUUUGUUGAAGAUAGUAGGUCUUUUCUGGACUUCAGGCAACAGUUUUGGCGAGUUUUCCGAUCAGAUUACCCUGAGGAAGACAACUUCGAGAUGGGAAUUCAUGCCCUACGAGCAUAUGAUAGCCUUACUACCAUUGCAAAUGCCAUAAACCGAACAGGUAGUAGCAGUAAUGGUUCAACUACACUACUGAAAAGUAUUUUAUCAAGCAACUUCACUAGUUUAAGUGGUGAUAUUAGUUUUCAUAGAGGAGAGGUAGCAGGGUCCUCUCUAUAUAGAAUUGUAAAUGUUGUUGGAAAAAGAUACAAAGAACUCGGCUUUUGGUCAUCGGCGAUAGGAUUUUCAAAGAGCCUUGUUAAUAAAGAAAGUGACCAAAAAACAAGGGGUGAUUCCAUGGACACUUUGGCCAGUUUGGUGAGUUGGCCCGGGGACAUAAAACGAACUCCACGAGGAUGGUCGAUGCCUAGUGAUGCAAAGCCUAUGAAGAUCGGAGUUCCGGGAAAAACUACUUUCCAAAAAUUUGUGAAGGUGGAUUGGAAUUCAAGUUUGAAUGAAUGGAGUUUUUCUGGUUUCUGCAUUGAUGUCUUCUAUGAGGUGCUGAAAAUUUUGGAGCAAAGUUAUCCCCUACCUCAUGAAUUUGUACCAUACAAUGGCACCUACAAUGCCCUAGUUGAUCAUGUGGCUAACCAGGUAUGUAUAAUAACUCUAUACUUAUCAUCAUUCCUUGUAGUCUUCCUACAUAUCAUUAAUUAUCCUAUGCACAACUAA